AGAGAGAGACCAUGAACAAUGUUAAACCUUGUAUCUUGGGCGCUCUCAGAAAACCAAGGCUAACCCUUUCCCUCAACACCACCAAGUCAUCUAACGAACUCAUCAACCGCCUGUCAGCUUCAGGUGCUCAUCGAGAGGUCUUUCUCGUCUACUCCUGCAUGGUGAGGGACGACACUCCUCCUGACGCCCACACCUUUCCUAGUUUGCUUAAAGCUUGCACCUCUCUCGGUUUACCUUCACAUGGCCUCUCAAUACACCAACGCAUCAUCGUCGAUGGCUACUCUUCUGAUGCCUACAUUGCCACUUCUCUCAUCCAUAUGUAUUCAAAAUUCGGGAAAACCAAUGUUGCAUGUCAAAUUUUCGAUACAAUGCCUGAAAGAAGUCUCGUCCCCUGGACUGCUAUCAUCGGCUGCCAGUCACGUGCUGGCCACGUAGAUAUGGCUUUCUCUAUGUAUAAUCAGAUGAGGCAAGAAGAAAUUCAACCCAAUUCUGUUACUCUGUUGGGAUUGCUCUUUGGGAUUUCACAGCUUAUCCAACUGCAAUGCGUCCAUGCUUUCGUGGUUCGAUCGGGUUUCGAAUCUGAUAUUUUGGUGGUGAAUUCUUUGUUGAACGUGUAUGGUAGAUGUGGGAGGGUGGAGAUGGCUCGUCAUUUGUUCGAAUCGGUGAAUCUAAGGGACAUUGUUUCCUGGAAUUCUCUACUGUCGGGUUACUCCAAGAAUGAGAACGUAAGAGAGUCUUUGGAGAUUUUGAAUAGGAUGAGGAUCGAUAGAGCAGAACCAGACCAGCAGACAUUUGGGUUUGUGGUGUCUGCAAUUGCAAAUCAGAGCAAACUUCAAUUGGGACAAUCCGUCCAUGGGCAGAUUGUCAAGGCUGGUUUUGGAUUGGAUGCGCAUGUGGAGACAACUCUUAUGGUCAUGUACUUGAAAUGUGGAAAUGUUCACGAUGCUUUUCAGAUGUUUAAUGAAAUCGAAGAUAAGGAUGUGAUCUCGUGGACAGCCAUGAUCUCGGGUUUGGUACAAAAUGAUAGGGCUGAUGAGGCUCUUAACAUGUUCCAUUGGAUGUUAAAGUCCAUAGGGAUGCCCUCUACUGCAACCAUAGCUAGCGCCCUUGCUGCUUGUGCACAGCUGGGUUCCUCUGUUCUGGGAACGUCCAUCCAUGGGUACAUCAUCAGGCAGAAAAUUAAAGUAGACACUGCAGCUGAGAACUCGCUUCUUACCAUGUACGCAAAGUGUGGUUAUCUAGAGCAGAGUUGGGCAGUGUUUAAUAGGAUAGACAACAGAGAUGUUGUUUCGUGGAAUGCAAUAGUCGCUGGUUAUGCCCAGAAUGGUGAUUUGGAUAAGGCCUUGUGCCUCUUCAAUGAAAUGAGGAGGGCCUGCCAAAGACCUGAUCCUAUUACUGUUGUUUCCCUUCUCCAAGCUUGUGCCUCUGUUGGGGCACUCCAUCAAGGAAAAUGGAUCCACAAUUUUGUGAUUAGAAAUGGAGUUGGUCCUUCCAUUUCAAUUGACACUGCUUUGAUUGAUGUGUACUCAAAAUGUGGUGACAUAGAUGCCGCUCGAAGGUGUUUUGAUGAUAUGCCGGAGCAUGACUUGGUCUCAUGGAGCACAAUGAUUGCAGGAUAUGGUAGUCAUGGAAAAGGAGAUACAGCUUUUAGGAUGUACUCAGAAUUUCUGAGCACAGGGAUUGAACCUAACCAUGUAAUUUUCCUUGCCGUCCUCUCGGCGUGUAGUCACUCUGGACUUGUUUCUCAGGGUUUGAGACUUUUCCAGUCUAUGACACAAGAUUUUGGCAUUGAACCAAAGCUUGAGCACCGGGCCUGCAUCGUUGAUCUCCUCACCCGAGCUGGAAGAGUAGCAGAGGCAUAUAACUUCGUCAAGAAUCUGUUCUCACAACCCAGUGCUGAUGUUCUUGGAAUACUGCUUGAUGCUUGUCGUACCCAUAGAAAUGCAGCUCUUGCUGAUGUUGUUGAGAGGGAAAUUAUCUUGUUGAAGCCCACCAAUGCUAGCAAUUAUGUCCAAUUGGCACAAAGCUAUGCUUCAAGGAGCAAAUGGGAUGGCAUGGGAGAAGUGCGGAUGCAGAUGAGAUCCUUGGGCUUGAAAAAAGUGCCCGGUUGGAGUUCUAUCGAACUACAGGGAACCAUUACAAUAUUCUUUGUAGAUCAGAGUUCACAUGCUCAAUAUGAAAAAUUAAUGUUAGUGUUGAACAUCCUUGGCAUGGAAAUGAGAGAUGAACUCUAGAAUCCAUAACUAGGUUCACAAAUUCCUAGGAAAACCAAAAUGGGGCAAAAAUACUUCUUACGUACAGUGUUCUCAUGAAGCAUCACACCAGACGGUCAGCAGUGGUCGGACCC